AUGCCAGUCACCAUACAAGAUAUUUCUCCGUCAUACGCCAGAUAUUGUUUACUUCAAAAGCCUAAUGGUACAUAUAUUAUUCGGCGUUUAACAGACAAUGACAGCAUAAUCGUUUCAAUUGAUUAUAAUGCAAAAUCUGAGGAAGAUACAUCGAAUCAUUUCUGCGUCGCUCUGUCCGUACGCGUCGACGAAACGGUCUAUGAUGUUCACAUAAAAACCUAUCGUUUACCUUGCUCCGAACAGAAUACUAAAGAAGAUGUUGGAAAAUUCUUGAAAAGUUAUAGCAACAGACUUUACAAAUCCAAUAGUAACCAGUUCCCUCCAUUAAUAACAGAAUUUGUGCCACCACCAGACGAUGGGAUUUGGUAUUUGAACAGUAAACAGCUUGCCGACAUCGAUUACAGUCGACUGCCAAAGAGUGGCCAGAAUAAUGCUGGUAUAACAAAAGCAAUUUUACACUGUCAUCGACAAAACGACAUCAAAGUGUUUAUUAAACGUUUUGACAAGAUACAAAAACAUUUCAAACAAGAACUCACUCUACUAAAAGACUUAUGUCACCCUUCAAUUAUCGCAUGUUAUGGGCAAUAUUUUGAUGGUAGUUAUAAUCAUUUAGUAUUCGAAGAUGCUGCAGACUCAUUAGAAUCUCGUUGCCCAUUGAAAUAUGAGAGCAUGACAGAACGAAUGAAAUUCGUUUCAAAGGUGGGUUUUCAAAUUGCCAAUGCAAUGAUUUACUUGGAAAAGAAAAACAUUGUUCAUCGGGACUUGACCGCUAGUAAUGUACUAAUUACUUCGCAGGGUUACGUGCGAGUCGCAGAUUUUGGUCAUGCAAUCAAAAGAGAAGAAGGACGCAACACGCUCGAGCGGCAAACAGAAGUGGAUGAAGAGAAUCGGUUCUUACAUCGUUUUCUUGCACCUGAAUGUUUGGCAUGUUCAAAAGACAAUACAUCUACUAAUAAUCCAGCGAGUAUUUGGGCGAAGUUCACGUCAAAAAGCGAUGUGUGGUCGUUUGGUAUUGUUAUUAUACAAAUGUUUCUCGAUGAUCCUGGCAAGCCGUAUCCUGAGAUCGCCUCUACACGUGACGUAGCGAAAUAUGUUAAAGAAGAACGAAAGACACACUUACAACCCGUUGAUUGUCCGAAUGAUUUGUAUUUAUUUCUACAAGGCUGUUGGAGCUAUGAAACUAAAGAUCGUUUAUCAUUUAUUGAAGUUCGAGAGAGAAUGUAUCUACUUGACAAAAUUUCUUUUUAA